UCCACAAUGGAGAAGAGGGAAGGUGGUAAUUGUGCCAUUGAUCAGAAUACAGGUCAGAACAUCAUGCCAAGAAGAAAUACAGGAAAUCUUAACUACUUGAAUGUGGAUAUGCAGGUUGCCAGUCCAUCAGAAGCAGCUGCACUUUUUGAUUUACAUCAAGCACACCAUUUUGGUGAAUUUGAACACUCUUCAGAACAGCACUGCAAGCAGGAUCUGUUCCCUAAGUGGCACUUGCCAAUGAAGAUAGCAUCUGUGAUCUCAUUAUUAACAUUUAUUUACACGUCCAUGAGAGAUGUCAUAUAUCCUUUUAUAACCAGAAAGGAAAAUGUUUUCUAUAAAAUUCCAAUCCUUGUCAUAAACAAAGUUUUACCAGUGACUUCAAUUACCCUUUUAGCACUAGUAUAUUUACCAGGAAUAUUAGCUGCUGGUUUCCAGCUGUACUUUGGCACCAAGUAUAAAAGGUUUCCCCAGUGGCUGGAUAGAUGGAUGUUAUCAAGGAAACAAUUUGGACUUCUCAGUUUUUUCUUUGCUACACUGCAUGCCUGCUAUAGCCUGUGCUAUCCAAUGAGAAGAUCAUACAGAUACAAGCUGCUGAACUGGGCAUUCCAGCAGGUCAAACAAAAAAAAGAAAAUGCCUGGAUUGAACAUGAUGUUUGGAGAAUGGAGAUUUAUGUGUCUCUAGGAAUUCUGGGACUUGCUUUGCUGGCCCUGUUGGCAAUAACAUCAAUUCCAUCUGUCAGUCACUCUUUGACCUGGAGAGAGUUCCACUACAUUCAGAGCAAGAUGGGAUAUUUAGCCCUGCUGCUAUGCACUGUUCAUGCACUGGUGUUUGCUUGGAAUAAGUGGGUUGAUGCUAACCAAUUCAUCUGGUAUACGCCACCUUCAUUUAUGGUUGCAGUUUUUCUUCCUAUUGUAGUUCUGCUUUGCAAAUGCAUACUGCUCCUUCCAUGUUUUAGGAAGAAGAUAAGAAAAAUCAGAAGUGGUUGGGAAGCUAAGACACAAGUCAAUCAAACUAGCAUAACUUCCAGACUGUAGAUCAAAUAUGGACAUAUCCUGUCUAUGUAUGUAAAUAUGCUCAAAGCCAUGUUAUUUUCACUCAUGAGCUCUGUUUUCACAUUUGCUAUAGAUGUUUCUUUCUCACUUUUCUUUUUGACUUAAGGAGUAUGAGAUGCUUGAUGCAAUUUUGUUGUUUUCAAGGACAGAAAACAAAAACAUUCAUUUUAUACUUUAUUCAGUGUUCUGGUGUUUCAUGAUUUCUUUCUUCUGCCUCACUGCUUUUAAAAUCCAGGCGUUUCAUUUUCUCAAUCCCAGUUCUUUUGUAUGCAAAAGAAAACAUAAAUAAUUUCUCCAGAUGACCACAGAAUUUAAAAAAAUUAUUACACUGCAGAGCCCAGGAAUGCUUUCUGCUUCACACAGCCAUGUGUGUACCUUCAUUUAAUCUCAGAAUUAUAAUGGGACAAAAACUAGAGUAUCAUCCCAUUGCUUCUUAGCAUCUGCAGCCUGUGUUUCACUCUGCAGAAUGGGGACCUUGGCAUAUGAACCAGACAGAAACUGUGUAUUCCUGCCAGGUUUUGAAUGUACACAAGUGGGCAAGCAGAAUUACAGGGAUCUUUACGAAGUAAAUAUCUCCUGAGGCUUGGGCACAGUCUAAAAAAGAGUUUUUAGACUCAGAUCUCCGUUUUGUCCAGGACUAGGUGUGUCUCUGUUUACUUGAAACGAUAAAACAUUUCCCAUUUUUUAUUCCAUGAACACAUUCUUUUGUUUCUGAUGCUGGAAAUUUUCCAUGCUUUUGACCUAAGCCUGCAGCCCUUGACAUGUGCUAAAGUUUAUUUGCACAAAUUAUUCCAGUGGGAUAACUCCAUCAGGUAAAUGUGUUUUUUUGUUUACUCUAGGGCUAGCACAAUUGUGUGACUGGAAGAAAAACAUUAAAAAUAGACAUUUGAAUCUUGCUAUUGAUUUGGUGAGAUUCUCAUGUUAAAUGGUUUCUAAGUGCAUUUGCUUUUACAGAAAUUUUCCUAAUAUCUUUAAUAUGCUCCUUAAAUCCUGCUUUCCUUAUAUUGCAUGGGUCUGGCUGAAAGUUGUAAAUGAAUAAUUCAUUUGUUAGUAUCAGUUUUGAAAUAUGCUAUUCAGUAGUAAAUAUUUUCACCCAACAUUUCUGCCAGUCUGCCUGCAGAAGUUGACUAGGACAUGUGGACUGUUGAUGCCACCUAUUUCUGGAAUCCUCUGAAUGAGAACUGUAAUUGGUAAUGGCUCUGGUAUUAAACAGGAAAACAACAUAUGCCUAAAAAAAAUAUAUGGUGCUAAUGAAUCUGUUGUCCCUUUCUGGACUUUUAUACGGAGCAUAAAUAAAUAAGCAGAAAAAUUAAAUAGCUACAGGGAUAUUACAUUUUGUAUUUUCCUGGUUGUUAACAUUCAAUUAUUGCAACUUAAAAGUUGGCCUUUUUUAAAUUUACACAUAUAAUACUGUGAAAGUAACUGGGGACAUGGUGGCCUGUAUAAUAUAGAUUGAAAUCUGUGGCAUUAUGUAUCAAACCUGUAAUACGUGGCAGAGGCCAAUACCCUUUAAUACAGGAAGCUGGACUGCAAUGUUAAUCUAAGUUUCUAACAGAGCAGGAAAAGUAUGGUGCUCAAUGUAUUUGCAUUUAUAUUUCUAUGAAUGAAAUAAAUCUUUUUUAAGUUUAAGUUCUAUGCACUUGUUACAGAAGGUAGUGUAAGGUAGCAUAUUUCCUUAAUUUCAACCAGUUAAUAUGGUUUGAAUUGAUAACAUAAAUUACAGGGGAAAAUCAAUUUCAAGAUCAUCACAACUGACCACUACCCAAACUGACCUUUUACACUCAUCAUUCAGCUGGGGACAUUAAGCACACUUCAGACUUUUCUCUCUAGCAUUGCCCAGAGGCAAACUCAGAAGUGUCUUCUACAAUAUGAAAUUUACAUACAUUCUACAAAAGCUAUUAAAAAAAAUCACACAUGACAUCGAAACUUUAAGCAUGUUUUCCCCUAUUGACUGUUUUAUGUAGGAGCCAAGCUUUCUGUGUCACAUCUAGCCCUUUCUCUGGAAGCUACCACUGAAUGCUUAUAGCCAGAACUUGAGACUUCAUAUUGAGUCUCUUCCCUACUUUGUAAGUCUUUUGUCAACUACAUAUCAGUAACUAAUUUCCCAGUCUGUAGGCUGCUCAGGGAAGUGGUUGACUCACUAUCCCUGGAGGUAUUUAAAAGACACGUAGAUGUGGUGCUUAGGGACAUGUUCUAGUGGGAGGCUUGGCAGUGUUAGAUUCAUAGUUGGACUCAACUUAAAUGAUAUUAUGAUUUGCUCUUCAGGAAUUCAGUGAGGGAGAUCUAUAUAGGGCUAAGAAGAAAAUGCCAUUGACAGUAUUUAUUUUCUCCAUUUGUAGCAGACAUGAUUUAGUUCAAUACUGAUGAAACUAAGUUCAUAUGUAUCUUUUAAUUUAUGUUUAUGUACCUGUUUCAAAAUUCAGUAUAUUAAUAGGCCUGUAUAUUAUUGUAAUACAUUAAUUGAAUGUGUGUGCACAUUUUAGGCACUUAUUUGUAUAACACUAAUUAGUUUUAUAAAACUCUGCAUCAUUAAAUGCUUCAAUGUAUGCUGUAUCUGCCAUUGUGUCAUAUACAUCCAGUGUCAAAGGGUAAAAAGGCACACUAUACUCUAGAAGAGCUGGUGAUAUAAACAGUUAUGGGGAACCAUUUUCUUCAUGCUAGUGAAGAGCCUGGAACCUCCAAAGGAAAGAAAAUAAAGAUGUAAAAGUAAAAUGAACACUUUCAUAGUGUAAUGAAAUUGCAUUUUUCUUGAUGGUACCUUUAACUGUAUGUAAUAGCAUCCAGAGGUUUUGUGAGAAGGAAAGAAGGCUUUGGAGGGAUACCCAAGAUCCCUGGAAAUACUGAUCAAAGAACAAGAAAAGUUCAAGAAUAGCAAGGGCAUUGAGGAAAUGCAUAUAUGGGCAUAUUUUUGUGUAGGAAUCCAUCAUUCUAGAGGCAAUGGCUUUAAAAUGUCUCUACAAGGCCGGAAAAGUACUUUUUUUCUGUUGUUACAUGUCUCCAAUGUAUUUGAGAGACACAGAAUUGAAACUUUGGAGAUACUAAUUCCUAAAGGGGCCUGAGGAAUUUUAUGCCAAAUUCAUUUGGAGGGGUCACAUCCAGAAUACUUUUACCAAGAAGUGUUAGUUCAUUGUUCAGGAAGCUAGAGCCAGGGCUGUGUUGGCUAUUGUGUAAUGCAAAUUUCUGUUGACAGCAGCAUUUACUGUAAGCAGUCCCUCCCUUUGGCCACUCUUCUCUGUUCUCUCAGUGCUGAAGUCUUGAAAGAUGUG